AUUGUGUGUGUGCGUGUGUGCGUCUGUCGGUGGCUUGGUAGGUCAGGUUAGCUCAGUAGUGGAUCAGAGGUGGUGACGAGCACGCUAACGAGUGGUGGAACGUAACUUGUGUGUCAUCCCCCCGUCACCCUAUUACCUCUACUGUUAUAAUUAUAACUACUGUCACUAUAUCCACUACUACCACUCUACUACAGCUAAACACUUCCAAAACUUGCACCUCAUCGCUCUACCAACACCACCACCACCACCACCCUACUACUACUACUACUACUACAGAGAUCUUUACGUCACCCUAAGAUACCUUUAAAUGCCCUUAUAUACUAUAACUCACCCUAAAACACCGUAAACCAUCUUAAAACUUACUCUAAACUUCCUUAAUCAGCCUUAAAACACUAGAUAUUGCCACCAGCUUCUCUCACUACCCACACUCAUCCUUAACACACACAAGGACACUUAUACUCACCCUACCCCCCUAAGUGACGACCUGAACCUCACUAGGAGAAGGAGUUACGAGGCUACGAGUCUACUAUGAGUUGUCAAUCCAAGUGGUGACGCUCAGAGAUCCUUCCUGAGUCUCCAUGAGUCACCAUUCUGCCAGAUGGUGACUCGAAGGCCAGAAUGGUGACGUGACACAGCCGCCCCCCACCACGCAGAAGUGUGUGCGUGUGUGCGUGCGUGUGGGUGUGUGUAUAUACAUGAGUGUGUGUUAGUGGUGUUGAUAUAAACACCAAAAAUCCUCAAGAAAAUAAAGAAAAAAUGGCUUGGACGUCUGGGGUUCCUACAGCGGCCUGCACUUGGCUCCUACGAUCCUUGUGUCUCUUUUGGCUCCUUCUGGCUCUACCUCCCGUUCAGGAUAAUGCUGGCGCCGCAGGGGUCGAGGUGGUGAAGGCGGCGGUGCAUGACUGUCUCGUCCCGAAGGACUGUCCUAACAUGGCCAAAGAGGCGAAGGAGGAGGAGAGAGAUGCACAAAGACUAAUGCUCAGCGGUUAUGAGCAAUCAGGUGACCAUUUUCUCAGAGGGGUUGAAGGGGAUACUAAGACAAAAGAAAAUGAGAGUGCUACAUCGGUGACAUCCCCGGCGAGGAACGCGAGUGAGGUGGUACUGGAGGAGAAUGUGGAGCAAGUGGUGAUCAGCUUGGUGAAGCGAGACACGAUGCUGGUGAGUGGCGGGGGAGGCGUGAAAAGGCACAGGUCCCUCUCUGGCGCCUACCUACACGGCGCCCACACCAAGAGAGUCCGCCACCGCAGGCACAAACAGGCACAAACUAACUCUUCUACGGAUCCAGAUAACUUCCUCUCAACAAGGGUGAGAUAUCCUUGGGAGCAGAGACAAGAGACCAUGGAGGAGGAGUUUAACCGUCUUAGCUCCACUGGGAGAGUCCAGAAAGGCGGCAGAAGGCAAGGACAGACGCCCCCGGUACACAUGAGGCACGGGGGGCAGAGUCACGGCACCUCCAGAUCCAAUAUUCCGAAGUUUUUAGUCAGGAGGAUCACGAAGCCGAAAUUCUUGAGCAAAAACCUUCCUUCAGAAACCUUCGUCAGGAAAAUGAACUUCAAGGGGUACCUCCCGGAGGACAGCGUUGACGGGGAAAGGGAAGAUCAAGAAGAUGAGGUAAGUGAGUCAGGAGAAGAGGAAGUGAUGCUGAUGGAAGAGGAAAACUUCUGGGAGACGUCCUUAGCCUCUUAUCUCCCUCCUCUGCAAGAUGAUGGAGACGAUAUGCCCAAUGACCUGACCUCAGCACGCAGGGAGGAGCUGACCAACCACCUGGAGACUCCCGUAACGACCUCUAUGAUUCCCCUCACACAGGUCCAGUCCCCUCCCUCAACCCCACUACCUGUUACCACCACUACCACCACCACCACCACCGUCCCUAUUACAACAACUACUGCUACUACUACCACAACGACUCCCACUACUACCACCACUACAACUACAACGCCACGCCCAACUCCUCGAUCUACUACUACGACUACUACUACCACUACCACUCCUGUUACCACUACCACUACCACUACUCCUACUACUACCACCACCACUACCACCACCACCACGACCACCACCACCACAAGACCGCAUUAUAGCACCGCGAAGGCAGAGGAAGCAAGUGGAGCCCUUGAGAGAGAGGAAGAGGAAGAGGAAACAGAGAAUGAAGACACGACGGGAAGCACCGAGGAAGUGGAGGAGGAAAAGGAGGAGGAAAAUGAGAAGGAAGAUGAGAAUGGAAAGAAUGGAACUGUGCCAGCCUUCAUCCCUUCCAAGCUUCCUUUCGGCCCCUUCAUUCCAUCUUUCCAGCGGCCGCGGCAGCCGUCCCCCGGAGUGUUGCGUGGCCUCAUCGGGAAGUUCCAUCCCUUCCUACUGGCCUCGGAGAAGACUCGCGGAUCCAAGGCCAACACCGGCGACCUGAUAACCAACAUGCUGUCCCCACUGGUGGGAAACUACCCGCGACGCACCAAGGCCAAGGGACACAAGGUACUAGGGUUCGAUCACCAGAGGAGCCACACGGAGGAGCUGUACAACCAGGUGUCCGGCAGCGUCAUGCCUGGCAAGAACUCGAGGCGCCUCCUGCCGGACACCCUCCCAACCUUCCCGCUGCUGCGACACAACAAGAAUCGCAAGUUCCGCAACAAGUUCCACGGAGGUUUCGCGUUGACUGACCAGGGCCGCGAGGACACCCUCACACGGACCGAGGCGCCGCAAGGCGAGAACGCUCACCCAGACCGUAACUUAUUGAUCUUCGGAACCGUGGCAGACGACGCGGUGAUAGAGACAAUCCGAGGUUGCACGAGACAUGUCAAGAUGCAGCUGACUGACCACUACAGCAUCGACGACAUGAUGAAGGAGGCGACCAACCCUCUGCGUCAGUUGGUGGUCUACGUCAACUUGAUAAGCGUCAAUUAUGAAGGCUACAGCUUGGUCCUGGAGCGCAUGAGGCACAUCCUGGACUACCUGUCAGUGGUGCAGGGCGGCCUGGCUCUCUACAGCGUCAUUCCGUCGGAGCAGGAGGCCAUCAACACCACACGCAGCGCGGAGGUCAAGUCUCACCUCAUCACUCUUAGCGACUCAGUGCUGGACCACUGCGCGCGCCUCUACCCGACCUGUUACCAGACCUACCACCUUACUGACCUCACCUCGCGCCUCCAGAAGAGCUACGAUAAGGACAGUGGCUUCGAUGUGUACCACCAGGAGGGGAGAGAAGAGGCCGGGUGCUCCUCCAACGAAGUAUGCGGCACAUCGGGGCCUCCUGGCGACGAGGCCCCGCUUCAGUCAGACCCUCGGGAACAGCUGCAGGAGUUCGGCCAGUCGGUGUGUCGCUCCUCUUACCACGUGAUGAUUGAGCUCGAGGCUAACCUCCCAACUUAUGACUUCGAGGAUGAGAAUAGGUUUUGGGAGAACGCACGGGAGGAGAGCAUUAGAGUCCGCGCGCAAACAGGCCUGGUGCUUCAUGACAUCUUGCCACUCGAGCUCAAGAAAUACGACAAAAACAGACCACCGAAGUACGAGGGGCAGGCCACCAUUGUGUACUUCCACGUGACUGUGCUCUCCGUGGACUCCAUCAACGAGGAAUCCAUGACCUAUGUGGCUGAUAUCUUCCUGGCGCAGAGCUGGAGGGACCACCGCCUGCGCCUGCCGGAGAACAUGACGGAGGAGUACCGCAUCCUGGACGUGGAGUGGCUGCAGAACAUUUGGCGGCCAGACUGUUUCUUCAAGAACGCCAAGAAAGUAACCUUCCACGAGAUGUCCGUGCCCAACCAUUACCUCUGGCUGUACCACGACAAGACGCUGCUCUACAUGGCUAAGCUUACUCUUGUGCUGUCCUGUGCCAUGAAGUUCGAAGCUUACCCACACGACACCCAAAUCUGCUCCAUGAUGAUUGAAAGCUUGUCCCAUACGACUCACGACCUUGUGUUUAAAUGGAACGAGACGGACCCUCUGGUGGUGAACCCUGACAUUGAACUGCCGCAGCUUGACAUCUCCAGAAACAACACGGAGGACUGCACACUCACAUAUUCCACAGGAAACUUCACGUGCCUUGCGGUGGUGUUUAACCUGCGGCGGCGCCUCGGGUACCAUCUGUUCCACACAUACGUGCCCUCGGCUAUCACGGUGGUCAUGUCUUGGAUCUCCUUCUGGAUCAAGCCUGAAGCCAUUCCAGCCCGCGUCACACUCGGCGUCACCUCCCUGCUGACUCUGGCCACACAGAAUCAGCAGUCCCAGUCGUCCCUGCCGCCUGUGUCCUACAUCAAGGCCAUUGACGUGUGGAUGUCCUCCUGCACCGUGUUCGUCUUUGCCUCCCUGCUGCAGUUCGGGCUGGUCAACUACUUCAUGGACGCCGAGCCGCUCAGCAAGGACAUGACUGGCUACUCCGUGGAGGAUCUCACUGACCUGGAUGAGAAGAAGUCGGAUGAUGGGAGACUGAACGGGUACUCACACUCGCGCACCAGAGCCAGGAGUCGCAGUAGAAGUCGUAUGAGAUCCCACAGUCCCGGGGUGCCUCAGUACGUGGUCCACCGUUGCACAGGGAAGGACAUUGCUCUCUACAUUGACAAGUUCUCCCGUGGCUUCUUCCCCUUCGCCUUCUUCGUGCUUAACAUCUCCUAUUGGACAACUUACGGCACAAUGUAAUCACGCCAUUGUCAUCCUCCUCCUCCUCCUCCUCCUCCUCCUCCUCCUCCUCCUUCUUCUUCUGGUUGUCGGGAAGAAUUGCCUUUUCAACGGUUCUUCUCUUUUCCUCUUGUUUGUCUUUUCUUCCUAAUUUUUCGAGUUCUCUAUUUUUUUCUCUGAUCUUCUUCUUCUUCUUCUUCUUCUUCUUCUUCUUCUUCUU